AUGGUUCCUCCUCCAGCUGAAAUCCGUAGAAAAUUAGUUAUCGUUGGUGAUGGUGCUUGUGGUAAAACUUGUUUGUUGAUUGUGUUUUCCAAAGGUACAUUCCCAGAAGUUUACGUCCCAACUGUUUUCGAAAACUACGUGGCUGACGUCGAAGUUGAUGGCAGAAAGGUUGAAUUGGCCUUGUGGGAUACUGCCGGUCAAGAAGAUUACGAUAGAUUGAGACCUUUGUCCUACCCAGACUCCAAUGUUAUUUUAAUAUGUUUCUCCAUCGACUCGCCUGACUCGUUGGAUAACGUAUUAGAAAAGUGGAUCUCGGAAGUGUUACAUUUCUGUCAAGGUGUUCCAAUCAUCUUGGUUGGUUGUAAGUCUGAUUUAAGAAACGACCAAAACACUAUCCAUCAAUUAAGUCAACAACAACAACAACCUGUCUCUACCUCCGAAGGUCAAGCGGUCGCCCAAAAGAUUGGUACUAGUUACUAUUUGGAAUGUUCCGCCAGAACUGGAGAAGGUGUCAGAGAAGUGUUCGAAGCUGCUACCAGAGCCUCGUUGAAGACUAAGGAAAAGAAGGAAAAGAAGAAGAAGUGUGUUGUGUUAUAA